UGGCAUUCACAUUGCUGUAGACUCGAACAAGUACUGCACCUUUGCGCAGCAGCCGCUCUUCAGCUGAGAGGUCUCCCUCUCAGUGCACAAAGGCAGCUGCUGAAGAAACAGUUCCAGUACGAGAGCGAGCGAGCCGGUGCUGAGAGGCGUAAUAAACAAUCUCCAGCUCCAGACACCACUCGGAGAAACCACUCGGUCGUAACCCGUGGUUUCGCGCUGUUAAACCGGAUUUCAGUCCUUCUUUGAACAGCACACAGGGGCACUUGGCACUGGGAGCCCAGCAGAGGGCAGCAUGGAGAAACCGCACUCUGCUCUGAGGAAGACCUCUCACUUCCUACGCAAUCAGCACCCCAGCAAGGGGGACUGGGAGGUGGAGGAGGCCAAACCCAAAAUGCAGAGGACCCCGACAAAGGACAAAUACUGCCAGACAGAGCACCAUCACCAUGGAUGCUGUGAGCCAGGUACAGGCAGUCCAGACGCAUCCCCAAAGACCACAGUAUUCGCCAUGGAGCCGGGGGAUCCUCCCCUUCUCCAGCAGCAGCUUCAGACGUCGAAGUCGGGAAUCCAACAGAUCAUCGAGUGUUUCCGCUCAGGGACAGCUCAGCUGAAGCACAUCCUGCUGAAGGAGGUGGACACCAUCUUCGAGUGUAAGCUCUGCCGGAGCCUGUUCCGCGGCCUGCCCAACCUCAUCACGCACAAGGAGUUCUACUGCUUCCCCAGAGUAACUGCCCCUGCCGAUCCACCUGCGGAGGACAAGCAGAGUCAGGCCAUAAAGGAGCUGCUGGAGGCCAUCUACCCGCGGACGGAUAAGCAGGAGUACGUGGUCAGGCUGGAGCCCAUCGAGACCAACCAGAACGCCGUGUUCCAGUUCGUCUCCCGAGAGGAGGACCUGGGUCAGCUCGGAGAGCGAGAUGCCCCUCACCAGCCAGGCCCGGAAGAGUGGGGCCCCACAGAGCAGCCGGCCGACGCUCCCGCGGGGGUGGAGCUGGAGGAGGAGGCGCCCGAGGCCGCCCCCGAGCAGGAGACGCUGGCGGAGGCAGAGGAAGAGGAGGCGGAGCCGGCCCCGCCCGAGGAGGAGGCGGCGUCCAGCGAGGCGGAGGACUUCAAGAUCUCCUGCUGCCUGUGCGGGAAGGGCUUCAACUCGCACCGCAGCGUGCAGCGCCACUGCCGCAAGAUGCACAAGACGAAGAUAGACGAGCUGAAGAAGUACACGGAGACGCGCACCGUGCCCAUCAGCCUGUUCUCCAUGGUGAAGGGCCGGCCCCGCCGCACGUCCACCGCCACCGGCCGCAACUGCCCCAUGUGCUACAAGUCCUUCGCCACCAAGGCCAACGUGCGGCGGCACUUCGACGAGGUGCACCGUGGCCUGCGCCGGGACUUCAUCACCCCCGACAUCGCCACCAAGCCGGGGCAGCCGCUCUCGCUGGAGGCCAAUCCCCCCCGCAGGAAGACGGGCGCCCCGGGCCGGAGGCCCAAGGCCAAACCCCAGGCGGAGUACAGCCUGUCGGCCUGCAGGUGUCUACUGUGUAAGAGGAAGUACAGCUCCCAGAUCAUGCUGCGGAGACACAUGCGCAUCGUCCACAAGAUCCACGCCCUGGAGAACGGCGCCGGCCCCUCCGCCGCCCCCGCCGGCAUCAAAGCGGAGGAUUCCGACGACCUUGCUGCCGACUCCUCAGGCGGCAGCCCCUCCCUGCAGAGUGAGCCGGACAAGAGGGGCGGCGCUGUGGGUCUGAAGAGCAGGGUGAAACAGGCGAACGAGGGCCUCAAGGCGCGCAAGCACACCAAGCUGUCGGUGGGCUUCGACUUCAAGCAGCUGUACUGCAAGCUGUGUAAGCGUCAGUUCACCUCCAAGCAGAACCUGACCAAGCACAUAGACCUGCACACGGACGGCAACGACAUCUACAUCAAGUUCUACCGCUGCCCACUCUGCAGCUACGAGUCCCGCCGCAAGCGCGACGUCAUCCGCCACAUCACUGUCGUGCACAAGAAGUCCUCGCGCUACCUGGCCAAGAUCAUGCCCAACCUGGAGAGCAGGGCGGUGAAGAAGCCGGCGGAGAUCGUCCUCAACAGCGUGGCCAAGAGGGGCCUGCAAAAGGAGGAUGUCAAUGGCAGGCACGAGACGCCCCCGACGUCCCCCGCCACCCGCAAGCACGACCCCCUCAUGGGGUCCCCCUCCUCCCGCAAGCACGACCCCCUCGUGGGGUCCCCCGCCACCCGCAAGCACGACCCCCUCAUGGGGUCCCCCUCCUCCCGCAAGCACGACCCCCUCGUGGGGUCCCCCUCCUCCCGCAAGCCCGACACCCCUCUGGGGUCCCCCUCCUCCCGCAAGCACGAGCCCCCCGCCGGCUCCCCCACCACCCGCAGGCAGGAGGCCCUGGAGGUCGGCACUGAGGUGAAGGUCACAAAGAACUUUUCCCUUCACGCCUGCGAGACGUGCGGCAAGGCCUUCGCCAAAAAGCUUUACCUGGAGUCGCACAAGAAAAGCCACAAGACGGCUGCCGUCGCCAGCCCGUCCGACGAAAACAAGACCAAAGGGCGGAGCACGCGAUCGAAGGCACUCAUCUGGUAAGCCUGCUCCUUACCGACGGCAGCUGCAAGAGAUCCCCUCGGCUGCCGUGUGGAACAUUCGCACUGGAUUCUUAAUCAGGAGAACAGACGUAACGGAUGGAAAAACCACUAACGAUGAUGAAGAAGAGUUGGGGCGGAAACUCACUGGCGGGAGAAUGGGGGAGUGAGAGAAAGGAGGAGGGUGACAGAGGGAGAGAGAGAAAGGGAGGAAGGACUCAAUGUGUACUUACUGAAUCCAUUGUCGGAAUCCGACGUUGUAGUAUAAAAAUACAUAUACAUAUAUACACGACAUAGACCCGCGCGUGGACGUUCAGAAUCUCUGCCACUUCAUGCACUUGCGUCGGCAGUGCAUGGCACUGCUGUCUGUAGGCUAGGAGUCAGUGUAUUCCAAACAAUAGACCCACGUACAAACCUUUGGUUAAUAGGAAAAAAAAAAAACUUUUAUAGUCAAAGGCUUUGUGGAAGGGAAGCCAGAGAAUCCUGAAAAGUCCGCUGGCAGCACGCUUUUUUUGGAGCCUGAAUACAGUAGCGUAUUUCUACCAUGCCGAAUGUUUGUGCGUUGUAUGUAUGAACAGGUGUGUGUGACCCUGCAGCAGAUUGUUACCUUCAGUUCCUCCUCCCCCCUCCUGAAAUCCCCCUGCUGUGCGUAUGGGGGGAGCACCAUGGGGCACAGUAUACCAAUAAGCCAUCACUGUCCUGGGAUCUGUGAAUCUGCCAUUAACAUUAGUUUAGCUAUUUUUUGUGUGUGGGAAGGGUCUGAAGACAAAGACACAAGUGGUGGCCUUCUGAAUUUAAUCUGCCAGCAAGACUGGGUUUGAUAACCACUUCUGGUGAGAGGAGUAGUUAACUUUCACAACAGAAAUAUAUUACCCCUAAAUUAGCCUGAUUUGGGGGAGGCUGAAUUGAAGGAACCUUUUUUCUUUGUCUGUCGUUCACUCUUUGUUCACAGGUGUGCAAAGAGUAUAGAAGUGUACUAACAUCGGGACUUAACUAAUAUUUACAGUGUCACAAAGUACAGGGGGCUUAUUGUGAUUUCAGACACAUAGGAUAUGAAUUUGUAGGAAUGUGUCUCUAUUAUUCAUACUGGAAAAACAUGACCAACAUUUUUAUUUUGUAAAAAUGGUUUCCACCUUGGGUUGGCACAUUAAGAAGCUGAAAUUUGAUGUUUAUAGAAAAUGAACUUGGAACGGGACAUGACUGAUACAUGUCCAUGCAAAAAAAUGCAUGGGGGAAAGAGUUAUUUAAAUGUACAAAAGAGAAGGAUUAUUUUUGUAACAGAAAAUUAUUUUGGAAGAGACAUUUUAUUUUCAGUGGUGUCGAUGAGGUACCUCGUGGUCGUAAUGAAGUCUGUUUAUGAAAAGAGAUGAGACGGCAGCUCUCUUGUUGAUACUUUUUUUUUUUUUUUUUUUACCUUUAAAUAGUUUCUAGUUCAGUUGCCCUGUAAAUAUAUUCCACAUCAUUGCAGAAUAACAAGGUCUUUGUUUGAAAUCUUUCACCGCAGGUAUUUGUAAUAUCUGAUAAAUGAGCAAGUUUAUGUACGUUUUAUAUUGGGUCAAGACAAAAGGUUUGAAAGGCCAAAUGUUGGAAUAAAAAGGAGAACUUGCUCUGUAUUUUUUUUCCCCUCUCCAUAAAAUGUGUCGCGGUGCUCCCAGUGGACUUGUUCUUACUGUUCACAUAAUCAUAAAUUAUUUUUCAGUAACAUGGAAAGGCAGUCCAAGCCAUUUUUACUCUGUGAAUGUUCUUUUUUUAAUCCUUUUUCUUACUGAAACGGAAUGAGAAAAGACACCAAUGUCAGCCCUCUGAAAUGUGAUGUAACAGUUAUCUCUUUGUAAUCUCAACAGUAACCAGUUAUUGAAGCUGGGUCUUCUCGGGGUUACUCACCAGAAGUCUUAUAAUCUCAUGAUCUUCUCAAACUUGUUUGAAAUGGUAUGAUAUGUAAUGCCAGUCUGUACACUAAACGCAUAAAUAAAUAAUAAGCACCAUGUGUUCAGGCCCUGCAUAGGGUUUUGUAACACCAUGGUACUGAAUGAGGAAUUUACACAUACUACAUGCAACAGCUGGAAGUCUACAAUGUUAAACCCUUGAAAUGAACUAACUUGGUCAUGUGACCAGUCAUAUGACUUGAAUCCUCCUAUUUCCCCCCUACCCAAAGAGGUGUGUUUUGAUGAGAACUAUCCUUACAUCCUUAGCAUCGGCCUUGCCCUCAACUAAAGCAACUUUAGGUCCUCUACUUAAUCCUGAGUAAUUGUAGUCUUCCCAGUCCUUUGCACUAAGGCAAUGCAACCAAUAGGAAAAAAGAAAGUAGUAAGAUUACUGUUGCUUAUUAAUGUUCACUGAAUGUAUUUGAUGCUGGAUGAAUGCACUGUAUUUCAGUAAUAAACCAAG